AUUUUCUACAAUAAACAACUCCCCGAUAAGUAUUUCCGUUUUUCCUAUCUUCUGUUCAAUAUAAAAGAACGAGGAAAAUUCUAGACCGUCAAUUCUUGUUUUUUCAGUGAGAAUUGAGCAUAAGAAUGUCUUCAGGUACCAAGAAACACCUUUCCUUGCUUUUCGAUAGACCCCAAGAACCUGUUUUUGUGGCUAAAGGUGAUGAAAAGGUGGUAUUUGAUAUACCAAACAAUUAUUUGGCCGAUAGAUACAAGCCCAUUGGCGUGCAACUGGCCAACAGAUUCGGCGAAGACGCUGGUGAGAGAGUUUCGGUAAAACAGAUAUCGGUACCAAAUCUGGGCGAUAUACUGGACUUGCCUCGUCACUCAAAUUUUUCUCUCUUCGUCCCUAAACACAGGAGAUUAGCUGGCAAACUGAUCAACAUCUUCAUUGGAGUGAGGUCUGUUGACGACCUAUUGUCCGUUGCUGUCUACUGUAGGGACAGGGUCAAUCCUUACCUAUUCAAUUACUGUCUCUCUGUAGCCCUGCUGCACAGGGCGGACACUAAGGAUGUGGACAUUCCUUCUUUUAUUCGGUCGUUUCCUGAUAAGUUUGUGGACAGCCAGGUAUUUGUCAGAGCUAGGGAAGAAAGUUCUAUAGUUCCAGAAGGAUCUAGGACCCCUAUUGAGAUUCCAAAGGAUUACACUGCUUCAAAUUUGGAAGAUGAACAUCGUCUGGCUUACUUCAGGGAAGACAUCGGUAUCAACCUUCACCAUUGGCACUGGCAUCUUGUCUAUCCUUUUGAAGCUGCUAUGGAGGUUGUCAAUAAGAACAGAAGAGGGGAAUUGUUCUACUAUAUGCAUCAGCAAAUAAUAGCCAGGUACAACUUUGAAAGACUUUGCAACAGCCUCAAAAGAGUGACACGGUUCUCUGAUUGGAGAGCUCCAAUAGCUGAGGGUUAUUUCCCCAAAAUGGACAGUUUGGUGGCCAGCAGGAGCUAUCCAUCGCGUGUGCACAACCAAACGAUCUCUGACCUCAACAGAGAAACCGAUCAAAUAAGACAAGAUAUCGAUGAUUUAGUCAGAUGGAGAGACAGAAUCUUCUCAGCAAUUCACGCAGGUUAUGUUGAGAAUGUUAGUAGAUUCUUGUAUAAAAUUAACCUAACCUAUCAUAACCUGAUUGUUUUUCAGGAACGUGGUGAAAGAGUGCAGCUGACCGAAAAUGAAGGUAUAGACAUUUUGGGCAACAUCCUCGAGUCUAGCAUACUGUCUCCCAACAGGACCUUCUACGGCGAUCUGCACAAUAUGGGACACAUUUUCAUUUCGUAUAUUCACGAUCCUGAUCAUAGGCAUCUGGAAACUUUUGGAGUUAUGGGGGAUUCGGCUACUGCCAUGAGGGAUCCCAUUUUCUACAGAUGGCACGCUUACAUUGACGAUAUAUUCCAGGAAUUCAAAUCCACGCUUCCACGAUAUGAAGUUGGAGCUCUGGACUACGAUGGUGUUACAAUCUCCGAUUGCAGUAUCCAAACCCAAGGCGCGCCCGCAAAUACCAUGAACACCUUCUGGCAACAGUCAGAUGUCGACCUAUCCAGAGGUAUGGAUUUCUCACCAAGAGGUCCAGUCUUUGUGAGAUUCACUCACCUCCAGCACCAGCCCUUCACGUAUACCAUCAACGUCAAUAACAGGGGAGGAAACAGGAGAGGUACCUGUAGGAUAUUCCUGGCUCCGAAAUUCGAUGAAAGGGGAAACCCCUGGAGGUACAGGGACCAGAGAUUGAUGUUCAUAGAACUGGAUAAGUUUCCGGUCAAUUUGAAACAAGGACAGAACACCAUAAACCGUGCAUCUACUCAAUCUUCAGUGACAAUACCGUUUGAACGCACCUUCAGGGAUUUGGAUACGAGUCGCCCACAGGGUGGAGAACAGUUGGCUCAGUUCAACUUUUGCGGGUGUGGAUGGCCUCAACAUAUGCUGAUACCAAAGGGUACACCGGAAGGAAUGCCCUGUCAAUUAUUCGUGAUGAUAUCUAAUUAUAACAACGAUUCGAUCGAUCAAAAUAUCGAAGGACCAUGCAAUGACGCAUUUGUUUUCUGUGGAAUCAAGGAUAGGUUAUAUCCCGAUAGAAGAUCGAUGGGUUAUCCGUUUGACAGAGAACCAAGGGCUGGUGUUAACACUUUGCAGCAGUUUUUGACUCCCAACAUGAGAGUGCAGGAUGUCAGCAUAAAAUUUUCUAACAGGACAUUAAGACCUCGCACCAACAUGAACAACUAGAACACCUCUAUAAACAACCUGGCCAUUUUAUGUUUCUACGUUAUAUUAAUCAUUUUUAUGCUUUUUUGUUUUCUCUGCAAUAAUAAAGAAAAUUUCAUUACAAA